AUGGAAGAAGCAAUUAGUGUUAUUGAGAUGAACAAGGGAUGCCCAUCCGAUGAAAGUUUCGCGAUUCAAGUACGCUUGCAGGUGAUCGCACAGAAGGCGCUAUACAUUCGGGAACAGCAAGAAGCAGAUCACGCCAACGCAAUAGGUACAGCGCCGACUACGCCUUUCGCGACUUCUAUGUAUCUCAAGGUGCUACAAGGGCAGCUUAAAGAGCUCAGAGACUCGUUCUCACCGCAUCUCCAGCGACGAGAUAUGCUCACUGCAUACGCUCACUACGUCGAACUCUGUAUAAAUGAGGUGACCCGCCUAGCCAGUUCGGAGGACCCCCUUCUCCCCACGCCAGGGUCUGGUGACGGGUCAAGUACCUCUAUGACUGGAUUCGAACACCUCGAGUGCCUAUGGCGUUCCCUAUAUGCCGUCAAGUCGUGGCUGGAUGCCUUCUACACGAUCCCGCCCUCCGCGUACGUGGGGUUUCCUUUUUUCUUCUGGUUCCAGCUUGUACGAUGCAUCGUGAUCUUGAAACACCUAUCGACGUUCGAUGAUCCGGCGUGGGACCGUCAGGCCGUGCGAAACACGGUUGACAUGCUCACAUUACUGGAAUGGAUGGCUGAGAAAGCCGAGCUGGCGAGUCGGGAGGCGGGUGAACAAUCAGACGACGAUUCAUUCCGACGUGUAAGUAAGAUGCUGCGUCUGUCUCGGAGGUGGGUGCUUGCGAAACAGAAGGCGGCCGCAGAAGGUUCUACCUCUCUCUAUAGUGACAGACCCGCCUUAGCCCCUGCUGAAGAUGACAUGAAGGAUUUGACGGAGAUGGCAUGGAUGGACGCUCUGGAGUCUGGGGACGGCACGUGGCUUGAGGAUGUUUUAGGCUGGUCUCCGACAGCACUUUAG